AUGUUUUUUAAAAGCAAAUCAUUUGACCCCGACACUUUCGAAAAGCAACUCAGAGAAAUCUCAAAGGAUAUCUCCAAAAAUGAGAGGCAGCUAAAAAGCAUGCAGCUGAAUGUUUCGAGUUAUCGGAGGGUUAUUCCGAUGUAUACAGUUUCAUUGUACAUUCUUGUCAUCGCAUAUUUUUACCUUAGAGGCAUGCUACACGACCAGAAAGCGAUUCUGGUACUAAUUGCGUAUCCAUUUGUGGUAUUCCUACUUUACAAAGGUGCAAUGUAUCUAUCGAAUUACUUGAUGAAUUGGAAAAAGUCGACCAUUGACAAAUUGAAGCAGAGGCAUGAGGAAAAACUAGCCGUUCUAAAGGAAAAAACAAAUUUUGAAAGGACCAAGGAGUUGCUUGUAAGAUUCUCCAAUGGUGAGGACAUCAAAGAGCUUGAAAAGGAAAUCAAGAAGGCAAACUUGAAAAAAGAGGAGUAUAUUCAAAGAUUGGCUAAUGAACAACGUGAUAUGAAGAAUCUCGGGCAACGAAAGGGCAAAGAUGGUAAACUGUAUGAUAAUCUUUUUAAUCUGAUGAUGGGAGAAGAUGAAAUGGGCGCAGAUAAGCGAUAUGCUUUAAUUUGCCAUAAUUGUUUGCAACAUAAUGGAUUAGCACCUCCUGGACAGGCUCCAAAUGAGGUAAGAUAUAUUUGUCCCAAGUGUGGUUGGGUUAACGGUGAUCAGAAAGAAGGUCAAAGCCCGUUACUACUUCCAAAGAUUCAGGAUUUGAAGGAUGAUGUUGGAGUUGACCCUGCAAAAGAUGAUCACUCCAGCAAAUCUAAUAACACAAGCGAUGCUUCUUCGAAGUGA